AUUCUAUCAGAACAUAGCAAAAAAUAAAUUAAUUAAAUACAUACAGCAAAAUGACUUCAAAUAUGGGUGGCUCUGUAAACACUAAUCCCCGAGAUGGAAGCAACGAUGUUGUUCUUAAUGUCACCCGAACAAUUGGUGAUGAGCAACGUAACGCCGCAGUGGGUGCAUAUGUAGCAGCAAAUGACCAACGUGGACCCAAAAUGGGUACAGUAGGAGCUUUUGCCAAUGUUAAUGAUAAUGGCCAUGGCGCUUCUUUGGGUGUUAAUCAUACUCCCAAAUAUAAUAUGACAACUAUGGAAGCUACAGCCACAGCAAAUCUCUGGACAUCUGCUAAUCAAAACACAUCAUUAAAUGCUCAUGUUAAUGCUAGUCAGCAUGUUAGUGGUCCUAUGACUGGCCAUAAAAGUCAUGGUUAUGGUUUCAGUGUUAAUCAUAGAUUUUAGAAAUGUUAACUGUAUUCAUUAUAUUAUAAACCUACAUAGUAUGCAAAUAGGUCGCUUGUUCCUUUCAAAUAUUUUAUGAACUAAUAAAUAAAACUAAUAUUAAAAAACAAAA